AUGGCUUUACAGAACAUUGGUGCUGCAAACAGCGAUGAUGCCUUCUACAGGUACAAGAUGCCUAAGAUGAUUACCAAAAUUGAGGGCAGAGGUAAUGGCAUCAAAACUAAUGUUGUCAACAUGGUUGAUAUUGCAAAGGCAUUGGCAAGGCCAGCGUCUUACACCACUAAGUAUUUUGGCUGUGAACUUGGGGCCCAGUCUAAGUUUGAUGAGAAGACUGGGACUUCUCACGUCAAUGGAGCACAUGAUACUUCAAAGCUUGCUGGCCUUCUUGAGAACUUCAUCAAGAAGUAUGUCCAGUGUUAUGGUUGUGGAAAUCCUGAAACUGAGAUCAUAAUUACGAAGAACCAGAUGAUCCAGCUGAAAUGUGCUGCUUGUGGUUUUGUGUCCGAUGUUGAUAUGAGAGACAAACUGACUACCUUCAUCGUUAAGAAUCCUCCAGAAGUAAAGAAAGGAUCCAAAGACAAGAAGGCCAUGCGGAGAGCUGAGAAGGAGAGACUCAAGGAAGGUGAAGCAGCUGAUGAGGAGCUGAAGAAAGUGAAGAAAGAGGUUAAGAAGAAAGCUUCUUCAUCUUCAAAGGAUGGCACUGCAAAAUCCAGCAUUUCGAAGAAGAAAGGAAGUGGUUCUGAUGAAGACCGCAUAUCACCUACUCAAAGAAAAAUUGACGAGAAAGUGGAGGCUCCUGAUGAAGAAGAUGAUGAUGAUGAUGGUGUGCAGUGGCAGACAGAUACGUCACUGGAUGCUGCUCGUCAAAGAAUCCAAGAACAGUUAAGUACUGUGACAGCUGAUAUGGUUAUGCUUUCUACAGAUGAACCAGAGAAGAAAAAAAAAACAGCAGGAAAUGAAAAUGGUGGUUCUCAGAAUGGUAACUCAAUACACUACGGGACUAUCGUUGAUGAAGUGAAAGCAAAUUUGAAGAAAGGUUUUGGGGCAAGUGAAUUGCUUUCUCAUCUUGCAGCACUUCCUGCACCUGCUCAGGAUAAGAUGAAUGCUCUGGUGGAAGCUAUAUUUGAGGGCAUAGAGAAAGGUUUUGCUAAAGAAACUCUUAAGAAGAAGCACUACUUUGCUGCUGCUGUUGCUGAGGGAUCCCAAAUUUUCUUGCUUCAUGCUAUUGAGGAAUUCUCUUGCAAGUCUAAUUCCAAUGCUUUGAAGGAGGUUGCCCUGGUUCUGAAGGCACUGUACGAUGCUGAUGUGUUGGAGGAAGAGCACAUAGUUCUGUGGUAUGGAAAGGGACUGAAAGGAGAUAACAAGAACUCCAAGAUUUGGAAGAAUGUUCAACCUUUCAUUGACUGGCUUCAGAACGCAGAAUCAGAAUCGGAUGAAGAAUAA